AUGGAAGACAUUUCCAACAUAACCAGAAUAAUAAAUAGCUUUACCCUAUUAGGAUUUCCAACUUCUCGGCCAAUUCAGAUUCUGCUCUUCAUAAUUUUCCUCUUAAUUUAUCUUUCAACCAUUGUGGAAAACCUGCUUAUCAUUAUAAUAACCUGGAUUAGUCCCAAAUUGCACAAACCAAUGUACUUCUUUUUGGGGAACCUAGCUUUCAUAGAGGCAUGGUACGUUACUGUCAUCGUGCCCAAGCUUCUUGCCAUAUUUGUAAUGGAAAGCAGAGAAAUCUCAUACAGUGCUUGUUUGUUACAACUGUAUUUCUUCAUUGCGUUGGUAUGUACAGAGUGCGUCUUGCUGACCGUUAUGGCCUUUGACCGUUAUGUGGCUAUAUGCAAUCCUUUGCAAUAUGUCAACAUCAUGAACUGGGAUUUCUGUGUGCUCUUGGCUUUAGGAUCCUGGAUUUGUGGAUUCAUUAUAUCACUGAUCAAAGUUUACUACAUAUCCCGUGUAACUUUUUGUCAUUCUGAUGUUAUAAAUCACUUCUACUGUGACAUAUCUCCCAUACUUAAUCUUGCCUGUACUGACAUGAGGUUGGCUGAACUUGUUGACUUUAUACUUGCCUUAAUAAUUCUUCUUGUCCCUUUGUUGCUUACUUUUAUAUCUUAUGCUUACAUUCUGGCUACCAUUCUCCGUAUUCCGACAUCCAGUGGGCGUCGGAAAGCCUUCUCCACUUGCACAUCUCAUUUGGCUGUGGUUAUUAUAUUCUAUGCAGCAACACUAUUCAUGUAUGCCAGGCCAAGCAGGGCUAGGUCUGUUGAUUACAAUAAACUAGUAUCAGUUAUCUACACAGUAAUAACACCUUUACUCAACCCAAUGAUUUACUGUCUAAGAAAUAAGGAAGUUCAGGAGAUCAUAUGGAAAUUAUUAUAUAGUAAAAAUUAA